AUGCCCUUGUUCUCCAAUUACAUGCUAAAGGCCUUGCUGGCCAUGACUGCUGUUGUUAGGUGUGCGUAUGCCAACCCUCACCCCUAUCCAUUAGUUCAAAAUGGGGUCUUUGAAGACUCAAGUUCCGGCUAUCAUCCGAGAUUCCCUGAUGCACGCCUUUCCUCUCCUGAAAAAGUGAUUACGGGCGAUCAUGUACGGGUUAAGGCUUCAGACUUGCCUAUCAGUUACGGUCGCUGUUACCGCCUGUCAAGCAGCUGUCACGGAGAGCUAGGUGGUGAUGGUGAUAAGUGGAAUUAUCUUAAAUUUUGUUCUGGAAACACCCGCAGGCGUUUCAAAGUGUGUCACAGCACAAAUACUUGCCAGCGUCAGGAUACCGACUCUCAAACUGUGAAGGAAAAUGGAAAAUUCUAUCUGUGGGAUGUUGACGGCUCUACAGUGGAGCCUGGAGGGAACUAUAUUGUCGCCAGGCAGCCUGGACUGCUCUAUACAGGCAAACCACCAUAUGAGAACUACGUCCAAUUCCAGGGGUCGAGCGAUUGUGACAUUGAUAACUGGGGGAGAAUUUCCCACUGUCACAUUAGGUUGCGUAGCAACAGCCAACCUAACGGGAAUAAUGGAUUUUUUAUCAAAAGUGAUGGUUACUUUAGUACGAUCGGUGGCGAGCAACCAAUUAGCCUCAAGUUCCAAGAGGUUGAAUGUAACGAUGGCCACUAA